AUGUCGAUUCACUCAUUUCCUGACACUGUGGAUGUCCUGAUCAUUGGAGGUGGUCCUACCUCGCUCAUCACGACGUCCGUUCUCCUUAAGAACGGCGUCAAGGUACUCGCAGUCGAACAAUAUGACCGAGCUCAACAGGCUCUCUACGGUCGAGCAUGCGUACUUUACUCUCGAUCACUUGAGCUCCUCGACAUGAAUGGUCUGUACGAGACCAUAGCUGACACAGGCUUCAUCACGAGGAGUGCAGUAACAGUCAAGGAAGGACAAGUCGUGCCAAUGAGGGGCUGGCAUUUCGUCCAGGAGGAGAUAGAUGGAAACACGUUCUUCGACUUCUGCCUGAACAUUCGUCAAAAAUAUGUCGAGGAUGGCGUCGGCGGAGCUGUCAAAGCUCUUGAUCCAAAUGCGUUCCGAUCCCCUGUGAAACUGAUCGAUUACGUUCUCGACAAGUCAUCUGACUAUCCCGUGACCGCGACACUGGAAUUGAAAGAUGGCGAGCGUGUUCAAGUCCGCAGCAAGUGGCUCGUAGGAGCCGAUGGAGGGCGAUCGACUAUCCGAUCUUUGAGCAACAUUGCCUUCCCUGGUAUACAGUCGCCUCAUAAAUGGGUGCGUCUUGACGCUAUUGUCAAGACCGACUUACCGGGCGCCAGGAGGACCGCUGUCGCGAUUGAAAACAAGGUUUACGGCAAUGUUCUGUGGCUACCGGUCGACAACGGACGCACGCGGAUCGGUUUUGUCAUCAAUGACGAGAUCUAUGGCACAGACGGCAAAGGAGUGACAGCCGAGAUUAUCAUGGAGGAAGCAAAGAAGGCGUUAGCGCCGAACAAGCUCGAGUUUGUUCAGUUGGAUUGGUGGACAGUGUACGCGAUUGGCCAGAGAGUCGCGGAGACAUACAGGAAGGGCCCUGUGAUUCUGGCUGGAGAUGCGGCGCACACGCACUCGUCUGGAGCGGCGCAGGGCAUGAACACCGGUAUUCACGAUGCUACUAACUUGGCGUGGAAACUGUCAGGCGUCGUGAACGGGUGGUACAAGGAGGAGGUCCUUGACACGUACGAAGCGGAACGUCGCGCGUCGGCACAACAUCUCAUCGAGCUGGACCGAGAUGUGUCUUCCCUGAUUUCAGGCAAGAUCCCAGAUCACUUCCAUGCCCCUCCAGAUGCGGACUUCAAUGAUUAUCUGGAUCUUGUGUUCCGGGAAAGCGCAGGGUUCACCGUCGGAUUGGGCAUCUCCUAUCCGGAGAACUUGCUCAAUCUGGCUAGCCCGUCCAACAAGCCUUAUUCGAGUGUCACCGUGGGACACCGUGCCCCGGAUGCACCAGUGUUCCGCCCCGGCCACGGAUUACCUCAGCGACUGCAGGAGCUCGCUGCUUCCUCCAGUCGCCGGUUCACCCUCCUCAUUUUCGCGGGCAAGACGCAUCCAGUCGACAGCGGUGCACGAUUGGACGAGGCAAGCGCAGAGAAAUACCGCAAGCUCCGCGAGUACAUCGAUUCUGUAGAAUCCUUCACCCGAAACCUCGCGGAUGUCUUCCAGAGCUUGACGAUCUUGCGCGGGGAGGGCGCGCUGCAACCUGCAGAGACCCUUGGCGUAUCACCCCUCGGGAAGGUUGUCUACGACCAGACAGGCGAAGCGUACAGCAGGUACGGCGUAGAUCCCGCCGAGGGCGCCAUCGUGGUCCUUCGUCCGGAUGAGAUCGUUGGUUUCGUUGCGCCUGUGACAGGUUGGGACGGCCUUGCGCAGUAUUUCGGUCGCUUUGUGCAGUCUGUCAACAGACGAGCGGAAACUGCGCAGCAGGAGUUCAAGCAUGCCGUCGGGGAGCUCUCCGUGGAGGGACAGGAGGAAUCUACGAAGCAUUCGUCGCUUUGA